CCUGUGUCAAAAAGUGUAACUGAAAUUAAUGCCACAAAUCUGUCUGCUAUUUUCAAUCUGCAGGUUAUGAUGAGUACUCCAGAACAGGAAAAGGAGCAACUACUCCACAAAGCUGUCCGCAGUAAUGACCAAGAGAUGGUGGACAAGUUACUCAAUGAUGGGGUGGACACAGACUGCCUGUUUUAUGGAUGGACACCUUUGAUGGUGGCUGUAAAGUCUGGUCAUUCAAACCUUGCAGUAUGGCUGAUAGAACGAGGCAGCAAUGUAAACUUCAAAGACUCAUCUGACAUUACCAUACUAGAAGAAGCAACAAGGAGAUGUGAGUGUGACACAACAGUUGUUGAGGCACUUUUGAAGACUAACUGUCAACCUGAUGCAGAAUUUAGCGAUGGGGAGACACCACUCACUGUUGCUGCGGAAAAGAAUAAGACAGAUCUGACGAAGAUCCUCCUAGAAGGUGGAGCUGAUGUGAAUAAGCCUAACAGUAAGGGUGAGACACCUGCCUAUGUCUGUUGUCGGAGGGACAGUAAGGAAGUGUUAAAGAUACUGAUAGACAAUCGUGCUGAUGUAAACAUUGGUUGUGAAGGGGAACGUUCAUUGACACCACUCAUGAAAUGCGUUCUGCUCGAUAAUCAUGAGUUGGCUAGGAUGAUCAUGAGGUCGAAAUGUGACAUGAAUGCCAUGGACAAGUCAGGUUGGUCAGCUCUUUGGUAUGCCGUGGUGGAAGGGAGCACUGACUUGGUCAAAGUGUUAGUGAAGGGAGGGGCGGAUGUGAACUUCAGGGAUAGUGCUGGACGCACCGCUUUAGACUUCGUGAAGGAGAUUCAUGAUGACGAUAUGAUAGAAACUCUGAUGAUGGUUGGGGGUCUUUGAAUUCGAUACACCCAGGGACAUUCUCGGACAAUCUUGGAGGUAAUCAGAAAGUUCAUGGUGGAGAAAUUAAGUAGUGGAUAUAAAAUGCGUGUUUGCAAUUUGUUGAAGUGUCAAUUUACAAUAACGAGCCAGCCAGCUGAGCUGACUCAAAUGAGCCAUCAUCUUAAGAGAACAAUAUCCAUUUCUGUAAAAAUUUGGCACUUGGAUGCACUUAAUAGUCCAUCCCAAGACCAAUCAGAUACAGUAAAAGAAGAAGCAAUAAUCGUUUUUUUGUUGAUCUCAAUAUGAUUAAUUUUGUACAAUAUAUAUUUCUGUUUUUGAUGCACAAGUUUGUAAUUAUGGGAUUCUAUUUGUCCCAUCUAUGCUUGUUGUUUUGAGGCACUGCCAAAUAAAUAAA